AUGGCGAUCUGUACUUAUAACGCACGUACGCGUGCAUCGGAAGCGGCCAUCGAAGAUCUGAUGAUGCAAGCCAAGAAGAUCAAGUACGACGUCAUCGGACUGACCGAGACGAGACGAUGUCACCCUCUCAACACCGUAUAUGAAACUGGAGAAGAACUGUUCUUAGGAACAUGCGACAGCAGAGGUGUUGGUGGAGUUGGCGUCCUCGUCAACACGAGUAUGGCAAAGAACACCGACUCUUUCGAACAACUUGCGACCCGAAUCGGACGUCUGCGGAUGAGAAGAUGUGGUCCAACACCAGCUUUGACUAUCUUCGUCGCUUACGCUCCAACAUCAAGCUGCGAAGAAGUCGAAACUUUCUAUAUGGAAAUGGAGAAGUUCUACCGAGAAGAUCAUGCUUUCUACAAGGUCAUAAUUGGCGAUUUCAACGCCAAAGUUGGCCCAAGAAGAACGCCGGAGGAACUUCACAUUGGGACCCACGGCCUGCAAUGGAACGACCAGGGGGAGAGGCUCUCCGAGUUCAUCAUGACGACUAAGACCAUCCAUGGGAACUCGCAAUUCCAGAAGCCCUCCUCUCUACGCUGGACGUGGGAGUCACCCGGUGGAGGGUACCGUAAUGAAAUAGACCACAUCAUCGUAAGUAAAAGAUUCUGCCUGACGGACGUCGCUGUUGUACCAAAGUUCUAUACGGGAUCGGACCAUCGCCUCCUCCAAGGAAGAUUUUCCUUCACAAGGAGAGCAGAGAAAGCCGCCAAGUUCAGAGAGAGAAAUCCCAGGUCUACCAUCAACUGGGAUCUCUUCGCUACGCUAGCCGGCUCUUGGGAAGAUUCUGCAAUGGACAGCAUCGACGAGGAAUAUGACCGGCUUGUUGAACACCCUCACGACUGCGCGAAGAAGACUGAGAGUUUUAAAACCACCAAGAGGCGCCUGUCUAUUAAAACUUUUGAGCUGAUACGCCAGCGUGGAGCAGCACGAGCCGCAGGGAACCAAGAACUCACGUCCGAGCUCGCAAGGCUUUGUAGAGAGGUGAUAAAGGAGGACCUUAAAGAGAGAAGAGCAGAAGUGCUAAAGCAUUUCUGCUCUUCUCUCUUUAAGGUCCUGAAGCUGCAGAGGCGGGGAAAAACAUCAGCUAUGCCCGUCGAGACUUCGCCAGUCGCAAGACAAGGAUGA